UUUCGUUUUACCGGAAGUUAACAUUUAAACUGGAGCCUUUGCUCUCCAGUAGAACAUAGGCACUGAGUUUUCCAGUGUGUUUACAUUUAUAUUUACGAGUCAGGAACCCAUAAAUGAUAUGUUUCUCUGAAAUAAUGAAUUUCGUGUUUUGCAUUUGGACGAGGUAGUCACUCUUUGUAGUGGUUUAGUAUGGCGUGGGCUUGUUUCAUUGUUUUCCUGCUAUGUAUACAAGAGAAGCCAUGCAUGACAGAAGACGCAUCGAAACUGGUAGAGCAUUCAGCAGCUACCUUCCUUCAGACUCUGCAGUCUGGGAAGACUUCAUUCGUUUACUUUGCAAAUGAAGUUACUCCCACAAUUGGACUCUUUCUUGAGCAUCUGAAGAAGUCUGCGGAUGCACUGGAAGAUUAUGGUAUUUUAGUAGCUAAGGUGAAUUGCAGCGAAGAAAGAGUACCAAAGUAUUGCACUGGUGAAAAGGUGAUCAAAAAAGUGUAUUUAUUCCGAGGGCCCAGAGUCCUGAAGGACUUUGACAUGGACACUGUGUUUGAUGUUGAUGCCAUUGUGGCUCAUGUUCUGUUCGCAGUGCUUUUCAAUGAGGUGAAGUAUGUGCAGACGCCAGCGGAGCUGCUGAACAUCGAGAGGAUAGCAAAGGGCCUGGCAGAUGUGGUGCUGGCUUAUGUUCAGAUUCUCGGGUUGCCAGAGCACAGGGCGGUGAUGGAAGCCACGUUCGUGUACGGCGCCAAGUAUCAGUUUGUGCUGACGACGGGAGGGUCUGUACUGAAGCACAUGGGUGUGGAUGACCCCUCCUCCCUCCAGUCUGGCCUGUGGUUUCUGCACUGCAAAGGGGUGGAGCGUUCAGACCCCUGUCACCACACAGCGCUGAAGAGGCCCCUCUCCACCCUCAACAUCUACACCUUCCUACAGUUGAUGGAGGCUCCAUUAGUGACAGAGGCACGGACAGACCCCUCUGGGGUGGAGACUGUCCACCGCCAUCUCCGCACACCCCUGCUGUUCCUCUUCACCCAGGCCGACACUCUGGCCGUGGAUCGCAGUGCCGCGGAGGCCCUAGCCUGGAGGCUUCGCGGCGAGGCCGGCCUGGUUCUCAUCCACAGGGACAGCCCAGAUGUAAAAACUUCAAAAGAAUACAACGCAGCUUACAGAUUACCUGGAGAGGACUCUCCAGUCAAAUACGUCACCUUGAAAAACACUGAGGAAGUGGUCAACCUUUUCCGAGAACAAUCUGUUCAAGAUGAAGAGGAAGAUGAGGAAGAGGAGGAAGAGGAUUGGACAGUCCUCGAUGUUCUGGAUGACGAGGUGGCAGAGUCUGUGUUUCGUGAGAGGCAUUGGGAACCAGAUCCCGACCUGAUCACAGAGCUGACCGCCGACACGUUCAGUGGUGCAGUGACAGGAUCUGGCCACACGGUGGUGCUGUUCUUUGUCAGAUGGGAUGCGGUGUCCAUGGCUUUCAUGCAGUCAUACAUGGAGGUUGCAGAAAAACUGGAAGAUGUUCCAGAUGUUCACUUGGCUUCUGUGGACUGUGGGGAGUGGACAGAUGUGUGCAGCGACGGGCAGAUCUCUGCCUUUCCCACGGUGAGGCUGUAUCGCCCCGGCGACCCCCCUCAGCCCUACAGGGGCAUGCUGGGAGCUGAAGGCCUGAGCAGGUUCAUCAUGCUGGCGCGCCUCUCUUCUCCCGCCCUGCUGUCCUCUGAGGACGAGGCGCGGUCCUUCCUCGGGGGCGAGUUUUACCGGCAGCACGCCCACCUGUCCCCCGUCACCGUCCUCGGCCUCUUCAGCUCCGGGCAGGACCCAGGGAGGGACGUGUUUGAGGAAGCAGCCAAGCUUCUGAGAGGCGAGACUAUGCUGGGACUCUUCACCGACCGACAGGCGGAAAAAUGGGCUGAAGAUUACUCUGUGAAGCUCCCAGCCAUGCUGGUAUCCAGGGGUCCGUGGGCCCAGAUCGAGCCCCGUCCCCUUUCCGUGUCCACAGUGGAAGAGCUGGUCUCACACAUUCAGAAGAGCGUACUGGACAGCUUUCCAGAGCUGACUGUAGAGAACCUGCCCGCAUACCUAGAGCUCAAAAGGCCUCUGCUGCUACUUUUUGUGGGGGAUGAGGAUGAGGAGCAGGAGGAGGAGGAAGGGAGGAAACUGAGCGAGGUUGCGAGGGAAGAGAUACGCAGCCUGCUGGCUGCAGGGAAACUGGACUCCUACCUGCCCUGCUGGAUACACAUAGGCAGGACUCCCGCGGGGAGAGCGGUUCUGGAGUCUUACCUGGGGUCCGUGCCCCGGCUGCCCGCCCUGGUGCUGUCCGAGCUGGACUCCGGGGGCGAGGUGUUCCACUACCCCCCCGAGCAGCCCGUCCUGGCGGAGGCUGUCCUACAGUGGCUGCGGAGAGUGGAGAGCAAGCAGGAGCCGCCUGCAGUUCACAGGCACUGUUUUUCUCUCUGGCUCAGGAAGUCCGGACCGAAUCAGAGCGGCUGCCUGUCAUGGGAAAUGUGGAGCGCCAGAUGAGUGGUGCCUGGUUGCUUUGGACCGCAGGCAGCUGACAUUUUGCUGAUGUUGCUCUUGUGCUUUUUGACUAGUGCACUCCCCAGUGUGAUCUGGCUGUUUGAUGCUGUGGGAAGUUUGAUUUUUGUCCGAUGUGCAAAGAAUUUAAGGAUUUUUUUCUUUUCUUUUUUUAAAAGAAAAAAGUGGAGGAAACCACACAGCUGUGGCUGUGAUUCUGGGUUGGGGCUUAUAAAGGCUGUUGCACCACAGUUGGGCUGGCAGAGCAGAGCAGCCUCCUCCGUCCUGGGGAAUAGCUGCGUAGGUGUAGCUGUGUGUGACAGAUAUCUGCAUUUAGGAGCCGCUGGGAAUCGGUUAAUUAGUGUACAAUUAGAUGAAGCAUAUCCUAUGUCUUUAAAAAAUGACACAUUCCCAGAUAGGUACAUUUUCUCUUUUUCUAUUGUCAAGCAAAAUCUUGCUUGGAUAAAACCCAGAUAAUUUAGGUGAGGUUCUGCGUUUUUUUAAAUUGUUUGGUUCUCUUCUUGUAAUUGCUUCAUGUGUCCCCACUAUAGAUUAACAAUCAGUUCCAACUGGAAAAAUCCACAUCUUUUUGCCUCUGUUAUCAGGUUCUGGCGUAUGACACAGCCUGAAGCUGUGGCUGGUGAUUUAUAAUCAAGUAAAUUCGCAAAGGGCAUUUUUAACAUCCCAAGUAAGUGGGGUGACAUUUUGUUUUGACAUUUUUUGGAAAUGUUCUUGCUGUGUACUGUGUUUUAUUUGAUCGCCUGUUCAAACCACUGUGAGCUGUGCUUCAGGGUUCCAAGGCUGCAUGCAGCUGAAGCAUGUUCUGUGACAUUCUGUAAGAGUCUUUCAUUAUGCAGCAUCCUUCCUCCCCGGACUGCAGAACUGCAUCGUGAUUUUAUUUGGGGCUGGGACAGGGGUUGGGUUUGGCAUGGUGUCGACAGUCCUGUAGUAAGAGGCUUUGGCAUCUAGAGGGAGCACAAAUCCCUGUUUUUUUUUCCUCUGACUGAUGCCUGUUCUGGCGUUCAUUUCCUGGGAUACAAAUCCAUUUAAGUUUGUUUCGUCAGAUAUUUGAAGUCAUGUUGUCUGCAGUUUUUAAAGUGUGUUCCCGGUGCGGACAAACACGUGUGGGUGGAGAUGUUGUUGAUAACAGACCUCCCUCACUGGUUGUCGGUGGUUAAAUAGUAUUCUCUUUGAGCUUUUGUGCAUUUUUGGAUUCUGUGCCAGAGUUCAAUCAGUUUCAGCCUCUGUUCUGGCCGGCUGUGUUGUCUCGAUGCUUGUGAAGUCAUGGCUGUUCUAUUCACAGUCCACUUCUGUGCAUUUGGCCUGAUAGGAUUGUUGCCUCCGCGUAUGAAUGCUGUUAAAAAGUCACCACUGCACAAAUGUAGUAUUGGACUGCGUUGGUGCCUCUCUGGGUUUGCUCCAAUGCACUUUCUGAUUGUGAAUUCCCACAAGGCACCCCAUUAUUUCCCUGCUAUUGCGUUGAAGAGGAUGUGCAUUUGUCUCCAUUAAAACUUCAUCAGUUUUCUGCUUUCAUCUGCUUCCUAUGAUUUCAGUGUAAUAGUACCCCUUAAUUGUGUUUGAAAGGAGGCAGCUUUUUCCCUAAUGAAUUCCGUGGAAAUCGUAGUGUUUUCGGUCUCGUCUUGAUCGUGUCUGUUUUCCUGCUUUCCUCCCCUCUUCGUGGCUGGGCGUUGGUUUCACCUCUCCCUAUCUCUUGAAGCGUAUUUCACGUAGGAACAUGUAGCAAUGCUAUCUCGGUUCAUUUAAGUGCGAGUGAACGGUGGUAUGAAAUGCCAAAAAAAAAAAAAAAAAACGCCCGUACCGAUUUGCAAGUCACCCUGGAGAUGCGGCACUUUGGCUGUCGAAUAACAAUCCCUAGAAAACUGCCGAAACCUGCGGGGCUGGGUGGUGUUUCAUUCUCGGCGCGAGUGCGUCAAACAUCUUGAGCGAUUUGGUUUGCCUGGAACACACCAAGAAAUGGACCUAGUGUGUUUUUGUUUUGAUUUUGCCCGCGCGCCAAGGUGUUUGCAAACUACUUCUUCUUCUUCCUCCUCUUUUAAUUUCCGGCAGACUAGGCACAGGUAGUGCAUUGCUGCCAUAGACUGUAUAAAAUAUACCGGUUAGAAACAUGUGUAUAUAUACCAGUUGUUUUUAAUCUCCCGCUGGUUAAAAACAACAACGCGCUUGGUAUUUG